UGAACUGGACACACAAACACAAAUAUCAAGGGUACAGCUAACCUGUCGACUCCUCUGCCACCUCCACAACCCUAGCCCCUUGCCUCGUUAAUCCCUAGAGCCAAAAGAUCAAAGCAAUUCGACGAACAGAGCCCAUCCACAAGCCAUCUAUCUUCGGUCUUACCAAACCUAUAGUCUAGGGUUCUUUUGAUCCGCCGAUGGACCCGACUCCGAGAUUUCUUCUCCUCCUCGCUCUCCUCGCGUUCGCCGCGGGCGUGGGGAGUGCGGCAGACAACGAAGCUACGGAGUCAGGGAUCUCGCUGGGGCGCCGCGCUGGUGGCUUGUUGCACGGCCUGAAGAAGGACUUGGUGGUGGACGGAGACCAUGGGGUGGCUCUCGACGAGGUGGGCCCUGGGCUGUUCGAUGCUCUCUUGGCCAGCCUAUCGAUGAUCUUAGUCAGUGAGAUUGGAGAUGAGACCUUUAUCAUUGCUGCGCUAAUGGCGAUGCGACACCCCAGGUCAAUUGUGCUGUCUGGUGCACUCUCGGCACUGUAUGUGAUGACGGUACUGUCAACGGGACUUGGUAGAAUAGUGCCCAAUUUGAUAUCAAGGAAGCACACCAAUAGUGCUGCAACAGUUCUGUACUUGUUCUUUGGACUAAGGUUAUUGUACAUUGCUUGGAAGUCUGACCCCAAGGGAUCUCAGAAGAAGGAAAUGGAAGAAGUGGAAGAGAAGCUUGAAUCAGGUCAAGGAAAAUCAACCAUUCGCCGUUUUUUUGCAAGAUUUUGUACACCUAUCUUUUUGGAGGCUUUCGUCUUCACCUUUUUGGCCGAAUGGGGCGAUCGGAGCCAAAUAGCAACGAUUGCUCUUGCUACUCACAAGAAUGCUAUCGGAGUUGCAGUUGGAGCGUCGGUGGGGCACACCCUUUGCACAUCCAUUGCGGUUGUAGGUGGGAGCAUGUUGGCAUCCAAGAUUUCACAACGGACAGUUGCAACAAUAGGAGGUGUUCUCUUCCUAGGAUUUUCCCUGUCCUCGUAUGUAUACCCUCCUCUAUGAUUGAUGGCAUUAAAGGUUUCAUCCCUGGGAGAUAGCAGUCUAUGACUGGUUGUCCCCUAUUGAAAGAAGCACGUAAAGGGGAAGCAAUUAGAUUCUUUCAGCGCCUGGAGAAAUACCUAAUGCAGAUUAAUGUACAGCCCUUCUGGAAUGAAAAUCUUCUCUCCUUCCAUAGCAUGGUUGAUCAUUUCUUUGUUGUAUUGAUUUUCAUGCAAUUCUGCUCACAAUUCUGUUAACAUAUUAGUACUAUCUUUUAUGAGCCUUUGUUUUUUA